AGAGUCUUAUUCGAUUAGAAAGAUAAUAGAUAUGUCGAAAAGAAAGGGACCUGCCAAGGGUUCAUUUGGAAGAUUCCGUAAUAAGAAUGGGAAGAAAAAGAAGACUGGGAAUGGCGGGCGUGCACCAUCGACAGAUCAAAGGUCUUCACAUGGUGGCAAUGAUCAUGCUGAACUAUACGAUUUACAAUAUGGCGAACUUCCGGACGUGGGGAAUUCACGUCUGAAGCCGAUGUCCAUGAAGAGUAUGCUGAAGAGACCUGGGCUGACCCGUCAUACCAUGAUGGAAGAGGUUGGAUAUACCAGUAGGCACGUGGAGAGCACUAUUAGACAGCCCUUGAGAAAUAAGCCAGUUUUAUUUGUAAAGGCCAAGGAAAUAUACGAUCCUAACAAGUCUUUAAGAGAAGAAAAGAAGAGGAAGGAAGAUGAAGAGAAUAAUAAGAAUGAAAGUAGACCAGUUGAUGAUAUGGAAGAGGUGGAAAGUUUAUCUGAAGAAGAAGAGGAAGUAGAAGUUGGAAAGGAAGAAGAAGAAGAAGAAGAACAAGAAGAAGAAGAAGAAGACACAAUCCCUAAGGAACACCAAGAGUUGUUGGAUUAUUUGAAUUCACCAUCACUUAAUGAGGUACGUCCAAGUAAGCCACGUAUUGACAUAUUGAGUGAUUCAGAUGAAGAAGGUGAAGAAGUGGAUGAAGAAGAGGAUGAUGAGGAAGUGAUUGAGAUGAUACAAGAAGAAGAUGAUGAGGAAGUGAUUGAGAUGAUACAAGAAGAAGAAGAAGAAGAAUUAGAAGAAGUGCAAGAUCAGAAAGAACAUCCCAUUGGAGAAGAAAAGAUUAAUACAGAACAUUCUCAUGAUGAACAUGCUGAAGUAGAUGUCCAAGAACAUAAUAAAUCUGAAGAUAUGGAUGUCGAUUCUUCUCCAUUUAUUAUCGAUGAAGUUGGUGAUCCAGAACUUGUUAAAUUAACUAAACCUUUAACGUCACUUCUUGUCACAGAAAAUGACAGUAGCUCGACUAGAAGUCCUUCAAUAAAAUCAGAUUCUAAUCCAGGAUUAGAGUACAAUCCAGUUUUAACAAUCGGGAAAGUAUCACUUCAAACGUCCAAGAAGAAUGGAUACACAACUACAGAGCUUAUGUCUGUUGACCUGCUUAAUAAAGUUGCCAAGCCAGGAUUCGUAGAUGAGGAAAACCUCUUUGCCGAAUCUGAAGAGUCUGACUUUUUAGAUGAUGAUAGAGGAGGAUACAAGGAUUAUAUCUCACAGAUCAUGAGAGAUAUGGCCAAUGAUAGUGAUGAGUAUGAAAGUGAUACCAAUUUUGAUAUUAUGGCAGAAUCAUCUGAUGAAGAAGAAGAAGAUAAUCAAGACAAUGAUGAUUUGGAAGAUGAUGACGACGAAGAAACCGAUCCUAAAGAUGUUGAAUAUGGAUUCCUUCCUGAAGAUUUUGAAUUUGAUAUCUCUGAAAUAUCAGUCUCUAAUGUUAGGUUGGGGAUCAAAAACCAAUACUACACUAGGUGUUUGGGUCUUACCGGCUCUCAAGACGAACUGAUGUGGAUAGAUCAAGAUGAAUUACAUGAUUAUGUGAUUCUGAAGGGAGUUAAAGAACAUAGAUUACAAAGUUUUAUGAGGUACAUUACUACUGGAUUAAUUGAUGAUGAGCCAUUUGAACAACCAAAUUACUCCGAUGUGUACAUAUCAGAAACGUCAGAAGAAGAAGAAGUUCAAGAAGAUGAAGAACUUGCGUCUAUGGUUGAAUUUGCCAAGUCUCAGAAACAAACCAAGAUGAUGGACAUUCCUACAACUGAAACUCUUAAAACUACUGGAAAGGGUAAGAAGAAGAAGUUGAAAUUGGACAAGUUUUCUCUCACAGCUGAAACUCUUGAAUCAUUACAAGAACAGCAUCAAAUCCGUAGACAAUCAAAGAAGAACAAGAAGGAUAAAAAGGAGGCCGAUAAACUUGAGAAAGCUUUCAAGAAACACGAUCUUCUUAUUCUCUAUCCAUUUUCUAUGCACAUUACAGAGAUUAGAGAAGAGCUCGAAGCCUUCUUACAUGAUAUUUCAAGAGAUACAUUAAGUUUCCCACCAUUAGACCCCCAUGGGAACAAGACUGUCAGUAAAAUGGCCCGUUUCUACAACAUGAAAACCACUACUCAUGGUUCUGGACUUAAGUCGUUUAUUAAAGCAUCCAAAUAUAGAAGAACAUUCCAUAACCUUCCAGAUUACGGCAACAUGGCUUAUGUUAUGAAACAAAGACCAAUUUUCCAUAGAGCAGAUAUCAAGAGAACCAAACUGGAGAUCACUGCCACCGAUGGUAACCUCAAGAAGGACAAGGCCAGAGGCCGUAAUAAGCCAACUUCCAAUGCAUCAGUACAAGAAGGUGAUAUUGUUGGAAGUAAAGCACCAGAAAUUGCCGCUGACAACGUUGGUAGACUUUUGCUUGAAAAGCUUGGUUGGGUCCGUGGAGAAGGUUUGGGUAUACUGGGUAACAAGGGUAUCAGUGAACCUAUCACAGCCGUCGUAAAGAAAUCCAAGGAAGGGUUGAAAGAGAGUAGAAAAUAGAUAGAAUUUAAUAUAAUACCAGCCUAACCAUUAAUUAUUAUAUACGUCUUUGUAU